UGCCGGUGAAAGCGGAAGUGUUUUGUAAGCAGUACAUGGGGAGUUGAAGGAUACUUGUCAGUGGCUACUGGAUAGACUUUAGCUGGAAUCCCAUUGUAGGUUGUUACGCAGGAGCUUGGACAAACCAUGUCAUGGAUACGUGAUAAAGAGUUGUCAUUGAUUGAGCGUCUAUGUGCAAAUGUGCUGAAGGCUGGCCCCAUGCCCAAACAUGUUGCUUUCAUUAUGGAUGGGAACCGCCGCUAUGCCCAGAAGUGCCAUGUGGAGCGGCAGGAGGGCCACUCCCAGGGCUUCGAAAAGCUUGCAGAGACUCUGCGUUGGUGUCUGAACUUGGGUAUUUGUGAGGUGACCGUUUAUGCCUUCAGCAUUGAAAAUUUUAAGCGUUCAGAAGAAGAAGUAGCUGGCCUCAUGGAAUUGGCUCGGCAGAAAUUUAUCCGACUACUGGAGGAGAAGGACAAGCUGCAAAAACAUGGUGUGUGUAUUCGAGUUCUAGGAGACCUGACACUGCUUCCACUGGACAUCCAAAAGUUGAUUGCACAAGCAGUGCUUGAAACUAGAAUCUACUCUAAAUGUUUCCUGAAUGUUUGCUUUGCCUACACAUCUCGUAAUGAGAUUGCUAAUGCAGUGAGAGAGGCUGCUUGGGGAGUGCAAGAAGGACUACUGGAACCUAGUGAUGUGUCUGAGUCUCUUAUAGACCAAUGUCUCUAUACCUCAAAAUCUACAGAUCCCGACCUUCUCAUCCGAACCUCAGGAGAGGUCCGUCUGAGCGACUUCCUUCUAUGGCAGACUUCCCACACGUGUCUAGUCUUCCAGUCUGUCCUGUGGCCAGAAUAUACAUUUUGGAACUUGUGUGAAGCUGUUCUGAGAUAUCAGUACAAUCACAGUGCCAUCCAGAAGGCCAAGGAAACGCAAUUGGAGGAGUCGUCAAAACUUCAAAUGGAACGUGACUUAACUUGGGUUCAAGAAAAGCUUUGGCAUAUGGAGCAAGACCUAGGAAAUCAUGACAAACCAUUUUGCCAGAAGUUAUUGCAGCAGUGCCGAGCAAGUAGGGAAGAAAGGACAAAUAAAUUCUUACAGGCGUUAGAGAGGAAACAGUGGAAUCAUCUUCAGGAUCUUUGCUCAACGCCCCUGAUCCACCUCAGGCCCCAUUUGUUGACUUCACAGUGAUGUUCACUGGAAGUUGCUUGUGAUGACAAAGUGAAUGUGUGAAGUGUUAUCUUAGAUAACUUCAAAACAAACAGUAAGCUUGCAAGGUUACAGCUGUACAGUGAUAUCACAGAAGCAGGGAGUAAAAAAUUAAAAAGUGCAGGAUAAAACGAAAAAAUAAUCAUCUUAGAUAUAUUUAUUAGCAAGCAAAUAAUUAUUAAACUGUAUUCCAAGAUUGUAUUCAUUCAUUUUAUAGGUUACUAAAUAUAGUGCCAGGGGUGUUUUACAAAAGGGUUUUCUAACCAUAACCAAAAAAACAACACAAAUUUAUGUUUUAAUAAUAUCCCUUUCUUAGCACAAUCGUGAUAAUCAUUGGUUCUGUAAAUGCCCAUUCAUGGAAAUAAUUAAAAUCCUGAGCUGCUGGUGAUUGCUGAGUGUUACAAUCUUCUAAUUGUGCAAUAUAUGUUAACCAUGUCUGCCCAGAGCCAAAUUAAUUAUUUUUCCCCAUCAUACAUUCAAUGUGCCCCUGAUUUCCUACUAGAUCUUCUUUUAAUUUUAUUGAGUAAAUCAAUGAUUUUAUGUCUAUAUGUAUUUAAAUUAAAUACAUUUCUCUGCUAUGUGCCACAAAGUCUACUUUUUUCUCUUCUGUGGAUUAAACAGGAAAAUUACAUGUGAUUGCAUAACUUUAAAAUAGUGAUAAUUACAGUUUCAAUGUAACAAAA